UAAUCCACGUACUUUCUUAUUUUUUAUAUUACAAAGUUUCAUAAUUCCCUCACAAGUACUCUCUACAUGGCCUUGGAAUUAACGAAUGCGUAAUGUUUAUGUAAAAAUUUCAAAUACCAAAUACAAUGAGGAACAUGGGUUAUGUUUGUCGUAAUUAUGUACAUGUUUUAGAUAUGAUUUUUGUUCUUUUGUUCCUUGUUUUUGUAAUUUUUUUGAAUUUGAACAUGGCACUGUUUGAACAGAUGUUGAACAAGUAUUGGAUUGCUUUGCUUGUGGUGGUUUUAUGGGGUGUUGGUUGUAUAGAUGCCAGUGCGGGUGAUGCCGAUCCACGUUACAGGUGUGCUGUUGGAAUGGUUUUACACUGUCAAUUUUUGUUUCAGAGUUUGUGUACGACAGUGUGAAGAAACUGGAUGUGUAGGGGAAAGAUGCUUUCCACAUUGCAAAUUUUCUUCGGAUGGUGUUUCUGUUAAUGGUCCAUGGUACAUGCAAGAACCUCUUUAUUUGCGGUGGAAACAAUGGGAUUGCCAAAGUGAUUGCCGAUACAAUUGUAUGGUUGAUAGAGAGAAAGAGAGAGAAGCUCUUGGUUAUCCUCCUGUCAAAUACCAUGGUAAAUGGCCAUUUAAGCGUGUAUAUGGGAUCCAGGAACCUGUUUCUGUAGUCUUCUCUGCACUAAACCUUGCAAUGCAUUUUCAUGGCUGGCUAUCCUUUUUCAUCCUUCUAUACUAUAAGUUGCCUUUGAAACAAGAUAAGAAGACAUACUAUGAGUUUUCCGGUUUGUGGCAUAUCUAUGGUCUCUUGGCAAUGAACUCCUGGUUCUGGAGUGCUGUUUUCCAUAGUCGAGAUGUGGAUUUGACAGAGAGAUUAGACUACUCAUCUGCAGUGGCACUACUUGGGUACUCACUUAUUCUGGGCAUACUAAGGAGUUUCAACAUCAGGGAUGAAGCUGCCAGAGUGAUGGUUUCUGCCCCGCUACUUGCUUUUGUAACCACGCAUAUAUUGUACCUAAACAACUAUAAAUUUGAUUAUGGGUGGAACAUGAUAGUGUGUGUUGCGAUGGGUGUUGUCCAACUUGUGAUUUGGGCAGUUUUUGCCGGCGUGACUCGCCAUCCUUCUCGGUGGAAGUUGUGGGUGGUGGUGGUGGGAGGUGCCCUUGCCAUGCUCCUAGAAAUAUAUGACUUCCCACCUUAUAAAGAUCUUGUAGAUGCACAUGCUCUUUGGCAUGCCACCACAAUCCCAUUGACCUAUCUUUGGUGGAGUUUCAUCAGAGAUGAUGCUGAAUUCCGAACAUCUCACCUCUUAAAGAAGGCAAAAUAGUCUAUUUCAAAUGUAGUUACUGACCAUACAUUGUAAGCCUCGUCUCUCUGUCAGAGCCUUCCCAUUAUUUCAUUUCCUUGUUCUUCGUUUUUAUUUUUAUUGCCCCCAUAGAGAAUGAUUUGUUUUUAUAUUUUCCAAUUGAGUUAGAAACUACUGCAACAGACUACCGUUCCUUUUUUUUUUUUUUUUUUGGGUAACAGAUUUCCAAUUCGGUGUAAAUAAAAAAAAAAAUAAAAAAGAAAAAGGACGUGGUGGGAAUUUUGUCUUAAUAGAUUUCAUGUACUUGUUCAUAUA